GUUUGGCCCGUGCGUGGGGCUGGGGUGGAGGGCGGGACAGAGGGGCUGGGCGCAGGCGAAGCUUCUGUGGCUGCUGCAGCUGAGGCCGAGGCCGGGACUUGGACAGAGCCGGAGAGUGCCGGGCGCGGAGGAGCAGGAGGCGAGGUCCGCCGGAGCUUCGAGUCCCCGCCGCUUCGAGUCCCCGCCGCUCUGCCGCGCUGUGACCCCGCACCCAGGCGGCGUUCGGACCCGUGACUGUUCCCGAGGAGAUUGGUGGGGUCGCGGCGGCAGCGGUUGGGGGUGGGGAGAAGCACGGCGAGGAGAGGAAAGAGGUCAGCGAGUUUGAGGGAGGACCGAGAGCUGUGCUGCCGUCAUGUCCGAGGACUCGAGCGCCCUGCCCUGGUCCAUCAACAGGGACGAUUACGAGCUGCAGGAGGUGAUCGGGAGUGGAGCAACGGCUGUGGUCCAAGCAGCAUACUGUGCCCCUAAAAAGGAGAAAGUGGCGAUCAAACGGAUAAACCUUGAGAAAUGUCAGACAAGCAUGGAUGAGCUUCUGAAAGAAAUUCAAGCCAUGAGUCAGUGUCAUCACCCAAAUAUUGUGUCUUACUACACGUCUUUCGUAGUAAAAGAUGAGCUGUGGCUAGUCAUGAAGCUGCUAAGUGGAGGUUCUGUUCUGGAUAUUAUUAAGCACGUUGUGGCAAAGGGGGAACACAGGAGUGGAGUCCUGGAUGAGCCCACCAUUGCUACAAUACUCAAAGAAGUGUUGGAAGGGUUGGAAUACCUGCACAAAAAUGGACAGAUUCACCGAGAUGUGAAAGCAGGAAAUAUUCUUCUUGGAGAAGAUGGCUCAGUACAGAUUGCAGACUUUGGUGUUAGUGCUUUUUUAGCAACUGGUGGUGAUAUUACCCGAAAUAAAGUGAGAAAAACUUUUGUUGGAACCCCUUGCUGGAUGGCACCUGAAGUUAUGGAACAGGUUAGAGGUUAUGAUUUCAAAGCCGAUAUCUGGAGUUUCGGAAUCACAGCGAUUGAGCUGGCCACAGGCGCAGCUCCUUAUCAUAAGUAUCCACCAAUGAAGGUUUUGAUGCUGACACUGCAGAAUGACCCGCCAUCUUUGGAAACUGGUGUUCAAGAUAAAGAGAUGCUGAAAAAAUAUGGAAAAUCAUUUAGGAAAAUGAUUUCGUUGUGCCUUCAAAAGGAUCCAGAAAAAAGACCAACAGCAGCGGAAUUGUUGAGGCAUAAAUUCUUCCAAAAGGCAAAGAAUAAAGAAUUUCUUCAAGAAAAAAUAUUGCAGAGAGCACCAACCAUUUUUGAAAGAGCUAAAAAGGUUCGGAGAGUGCCAGGCUCCAGUGGCCGUCUUCAUAAGACGGAGGACGGAGGCUGGGAGUGGAGUGAUGAUGAAUUUGAUGAAGAAAGUGAGGAAGGGAAAGCAGCAAUUUCACAGCUCAGGUCUCCCCGAGUGAAAGAGUUAUCAAGUUCUGAGCUGUUUGCAACAGCUGAUCCCGUGGGUACUUUACUUCAAGUUCCAGAACAGAUUUCUGCUCAACUACCUCAGCCAGCUGGGCAGACGCCCGCACAGCCAACUCAAGUCUCCCUCCCACUCCCCACAGAGCCGGCAAAAACAGCUCAGGCUCCGUCUUCAGGAGGAGACUCACAGGAAACCAAGAUCCCCAUCAGUCUAGUGCUAAGAUUAAGGAAUUCCAAAAAAGAACUAAAUGACAUUCGAUUUGAGUUUACUCCUGGGAGAGAUACAGCGGAGGGUGUCUCUCAGGAGCUCAUUUCUGCUGGCCUGGUUGACGGAAGGGAUUUAGUCAUAGUGGCAGCUAAUUUGCAGAAAAUUGUGGAAGAACCUCAGUCGAAUCGAUCUGUCACUUUCAAACUGGCAUCUGGUGUUGAAGGCUCGGACAUUCCUGACGACGGUAAACUCAUAGGGUUUGCCCAGCUCAGCAUCAGCUAAAUGACAGCCCUGGAAGAGGAGGCCUCAGGAGAGUCCACACACGCAUAUCUGUUGCUUCUGUUGGCCUGAACCCACUUCUGCCAAAGAACCCAGCAGCAAGCCUCCCAGCUGGGAGCUUUAGAGGUCUUUCUGUACGUUCUUCCUGCCGCCAUUCCCCCCUUUCCCAGAGGGAAAGAAAAGUUGGAUCGCCAGUGGCCAGCAUCCCUUUUAAAGAGUUCCGUUAGUAAACUCACUGCACACGCCCUGUCUUUUCCUUCGUCUCCGAAGUGGCCCGUGUGCCUCAAGGCCCAGGAGGGAGAUCUUCCAGCUCGCCUCGCCUGGCUCGGUGUUGGCACGGCCCCGGGAGGAAAGGAGCGGCUCUCUGGGGCUUCCUCGUGUGGUCUGUUUUCCCACACCCCGACAGGGUGUGGGCGUCUUGGGCUCUCUCUGCACCCCCACUGAAGUAGCGAUUAAAAGUCGAUUGCUCAGCUGGAGCCCAGAGAAUUUAAUUUAGCGAUUUUUUUUUUUUUUUUUUGUAUCUGAUGUGAAUUCUAGCAGCCUUUGUUAGGAAAAAGCACAGCCUCGGAUGGAGGCAGCCCAAACUGUCUUCUGGUUUUGUUCCUGGUGUUUCCUAAGUGUUCUACUGAAGCUGCUCUCGGGCACCCUCGUCACUGCUCCCUCCGGAAAGGGGUGCUAGCCUUAACUUCAGCUGGUGCAAACAUCCGACUGUGGUCAGACUCCAGCCAUCGGAUCCUUCACAGUGGAACUGUGAACUGUUUUUAGAGAACACAUUGAGUAUUGGCUUGUAAAAGUGAAUUUUCUCAGCAGUGGUUUUGGACAGAAAAAUCUUAACUCGUAUCAUUGUAGAAGUUAUUUAUUUUGAGAAUUGAAAAAAAUUAAACUGAAGCAAAACCGCUCCUCAGUCCUCCCUUGAAAAUCCGUUUGCCUGGCCUCCAAGUCCUGAGGAAUCGCAAGGCCGAGAUUUCUACAGCAAUAAAGGAGGCUCACGCUGGGCUGGCGAGGCCUGCCUCGGCCGCCUGGCCCACACCGGCCCUCGGAGGGCCCUCCCUGUGCUACGCUGCACCCGACCCAAGACGGAAAGGGAAACCACAUGUGCCGUGACUUAGGACUUCUGAGUAGACAGUAUUCAUCCGAUUUUCUACAGAAAUAAUAUAAAUUAUUCUUUAGGUCUUAAAAAAGAGCACUCAUAAUGCAAUAUGUGAAUAAUCAGUGGGUGGUUUUUCCCCUGCUGUCUCACAGUCAGCCUUUGUCCAACUGCAGGUAGCCCUAACACGUGAAUGCGAAGGGACCCUCAGUCUGGCCUUAAAACGACAUGCGCAGCAGGGCUUUGGCCCGUCGGAGAGGGGGAGCGGCCCCUUCCACGGUGGUGCCGGCCCUUCACGGUGCCGCCGGUUUGUCUGGUUUCCUCUCGGAGCGUCUCCGAAAGCUUCCCCACAGUUGGCUUGUCACACUCUGGUGUCACCCUGAGCUUGUAGUUUCAGUCACGGGCUUACUUCACCUACUCUGGAUGCAAAGGCAUGUUGGGAAAGGGGUGGAUGUCGGGCAGUAGGAGAGGGGACGGGUCUGAGAUGGCGUUGGGGGAAAGCAGGUUAGAGAGGGGAUCGGACACCAAAGUCCAAGGUCCCGACAGGAUUGUGAGCAGGAGGGAGCCUGCUGGGCCUGGAAAGAGGAAAGGAGGGUGGUCAGGUUGCUGGGGAAAAAAAAAAAACUUAGUUCUUUUCUUUUUUCUUUUCUUUUUUCUUUGGAGGCGGUAGAGGGAACGAGGACAGGGAGGGGGGAAGUUUGAAAAGGAGGUGGUAUCCGUUUGGGCCAAGACUAGUGGCUUCACGCAUCUGUUUCAGUGUCAGGUGAGCCCGUAAUAAUCUAUGUACAAAUCCACGGGGUGUGGCUUCGCUGGUCUAGCCUUCUGUUUGGGGGUGAUCUGUAGCUCAGGCUGGGGGUAAGCUGCAGCCCAUCCAGUUCAGUCUCCAGCCAGCUGCUACCCUUGAACUGUGGUGGGACAGGCAUGGCCGUAGAAGUAAGCUGGGGCUUUCUCUUUCCUUUCAGUCCAUUUUUUUGCCCUGUUGGGAAUUAGGAGUUGUCACCCAGCGCUAGGACAGUGUUAUUUCUUCUGCAUGACAGUGGGCUCUCUCUGCUGACUGCACAGGGAUGCUGAGAAAAUCAGUGAACAGAAACUUCCCGGGUGGGACAGCACGUGACCUAUUGAGAGACCUCCUUUCCAGAAGUGGUGGGCGGUUCAGGGCACACUUCUGUCCUGAGGUCCCUAGGAGUCCCUGGUCCCUGGGGUAGGGGCUGACUUUAGCACAAGGUAACAUGUGCCGAUGCUGUUUGUGAAAUGUAUGGUCUUUCUAAAUGACUGUUGGAUUUGUUUGGGGUUUUUUGCUUAAGUUUUGAACCAAGUCCUAGAGCCAGCUGAUAACUAUUUAAUAACCUGGAGGAUGGAAUAAUGGUGUAUCACUAAAUGGAGGUUCCUCCCUAUGACAUAUGCUAGAUUAUGGAAGAUGUAAAAUACUUGACGACUCCCCCUAUUUUGACUUUGUAUUUUGCUGCAUGUUUUCUUCAUUUUUAAUCAAUAAAGAGUAAAUUGUC